CGUGGGCGGCCGCCGAGCAUCCGGGCUCCCGCGGCUUCGCUGCGGAGGUUCCCGCGAGCGGGCGGCGCGGCGAGCGGACGGCGGGUCUCCCGGGCGGUCCGCGGGCCGAGCAUGGCUGGCUCCCUGCCUCCCUGCGUGGUGGACUGCGGCACCGGGUAUACCAAGCUUGGCUACGCAGGCAACACUGAGCCACAGUUCAUUAUCCCUUCAUGUAUUGCCAUCAGGGAGUCAGCAAAGGUGGUCGACCAAGCCCAGAGGCGGGUGCUGAGGGGAGUGGACGACCUGGACUUUUUCAUAGGGGAUGAAGCCAUAGAUAAACCCACAUACGCCACCAAGUGGCCAAUAAGACAUGGGAUAAUUGAAGACUGGGAUCUUAUGGAAAGGUUCAUGGAACAAGUGAUUUUUAAAUAUCUUCGAGCUGAGCCUGAGGAUCAUUAUUUUUUAAUGACAGAGCCUCCCCUGAAUACACCAGAAAAUAGAGAAUAUCUUGCAGAAAUUAUGUUUGAAUCGUUUAAUGUACCAGGACUCUACAUUGCAGUUCAGGCAGUGCUGGCCUUGGCAGCAUCGUGGACGUCCCGGCAAGUUGGGGAGCGCACGUUAACAGGGAUCGUCAUUGACAGCGGGGACGGGGUCACCCACGCUAUCCCAGUGGCAGAAGGUUAUGUAAUUGGAAGCUGCAUCAAACACAUCCCGAUUGCAGGUAGAGAUAUUACGUAUUUCAUUCAGCAGCUGCUAAGGGAGAGGGAGGUGGGAAUCCCUCCUGAGCAAUCACUGGAGACUGCAAAAGCCAUUAAGGAGAAGUACUGUUAUAUAUGCCCUGAUAUAGUCAAGGAAUUUGCCAAGUAUGAUGUGGAUCCCCGAAAGUGGAUCAAGCAGUACAUGGGCAUCAAUGCGGUCAACCAGAAGAAGUUCAUUAUCGAUGUUGGCUACGAAAGGUUCCUGGGACCUGAGAUAUUCUUUCACCCAGAGUUUGCCAACCCAGAUUUUAUGGAAUCCAUCUCAGAUGUUGUUGAUGAAGUAAUACAGAACUGUCCCAUUGAUGUUCGUCGUCCGCUGUAUAAGAAUGUGGUUCUCUCAGGAGGCUCAACCAUGUUCAGGGACUUUGGACGUCGACUACAGAGAGAUUUAAAAAGGGUGGUGGACGCCAGACUAAAGCUCAGCGAAGAGCUCAGCGGGGGCAGAAUAAAGCCUAAGCCUGUGGAGGUUCAGGUGAUAACGCAUCAUAUGCAGCGGUAUGCGGUGUGGUUUGGAGGCUCCAUGCUUGCCUCAACUCCGGAGUUCUUUCAGGUCUGCCACACCAAGAAGGACUACGAGGAGUACGGCCCGAGCAUCUGCCGCCACAACCCCGUCUUUGGAGUCAUGUCCUAGUGUUUGCCUGGACAGCAUCGUUGCAGCAGUGUCACGCCAGUGAGCAAGUGUCCUUGAGAGCACGGAGCCCACGGCCCCUGUACAGAGUGGUGCUCGGUGUUGGUGUGGAGAAGCGUGCUCGUGUUGCCGAGUGCAUGCGUCCGUUCAGUAAAAGCCAUUUAUGUGCUGCUGAUCCUGCUCCUUCUUUCCUUCCUCCCUCCCUGUCCUGCCCUCUCCGCUCCUCCCUUGCUGAGAUUCUAGUUGACAAAGAUAAUUCUGAAGGAAUUCAACUGCAGCUUUAAAAAUUGUUAGGGAAAAAACGUGGAGCAAAGUAGUUACCCCACCCCCUCCACCUGGAAAGAAUGGGGCUGUAAACCCUUUUCCUCCCAGCCUAUUUUUGUAAAUAAAAUGUUACAGACUUGAAAUACA